GCUUUUUUCAACUUUAGUCUUUACAGCGCCAAAGACGACAAGCAAGGUUUUCGUGCUGAGUAGCUUCACCAUAUCAACUUGAAUUUCCCCUCAUCAAUUACUUUCCUACUGACUAGGUGAAAAAAUAAAUAACUGAAAAUUGCAAUUUCUUAAUGGGUGUUACAUCCUUUCUAUAGUCUAUCUCAAGCAGGCUAUGUCAACUCCAAUUUCUAGUCUAAACAGUUUAUUUUCAUUCACAUCUCCUGCUGUAAAAAGACUUCUUGGUUGGAAACAAGGAGACGAAGAGGAAAAAUGGGCUGAAAAAGCGGUCGACUCACUUGUAAAGAAACUUAAAAAGAAAAAGGGUGCACUUGAAGCUCUAGAGCGAGCUUUGAGUAAUCCCGGUGAACCUUCAGAAUGUGUUACUAUUCCGCGCUCCCUCGAUGGUCGACUUCAAGUUUCUCAUAGGAAAGGAUUACCUCAUGUAAUUUACUGUCGAGUGUGGAGGUGGCCAGACUUACAAAGCCAUCAUGAGUUGAAACCUCUUGAUUUCUGCCGUUUUCCAUUCUCAGCUAAAGAAAAUGAGGUUUGUAUUAACCCUUAUCAUUAUCAGCGAGUUGAAAGUCCAGUUUUGCCUCCAGUCCUUGUUCCUCGGCAUAGUGAAUACCCUAGUCUUAGCACUGUAACUCCGUCACCGGGUUUAUCACACUGUGGAAGCAGUGGAAUGUCUAGUUCCCGUUCAGCAUCUAAUCUGGGAAUGUUCCCGAUGACAGACUCAGCAAUGCCUUACAAUGUAAAUUAUCCACACAACUUCAGUCAUUCUCCGUCUCUUCCUCCCGGAAAUAGUGGAACUUCUACAGACAGUGCAGUCGCUGGACCUAUCCAUUCACUUAAUAGCUCAAAUCUUCAAUCCGGUUACCAAACUCAACCCAAUCAAGAACCGGCUACCUCUGGACAAACUAUGCAUCCAGUCAAUUAUCAAGAACCGAAAUACUGGUGUUCGAUUGUUUAUUAUGAACUAAAUAAUCGUGUCGGUGAAGCAUUUAACGCUUCACAAUUAAGCAUAAUCAUUGAUGGUUUUACAGACCCAUCAAAUAAUUCAGAUCGUUUUUGUCUUGGUCUUUUGUCGAACGUAAACCGAAAUUCUACAAUCGAGAAUACAAGACGUCAUAUUGGAAAAGGCGUUCAUCUUUAUUAUGUUGGUGGUGAAGUUUACGCUGAAUGUUUAUCAGAUAGUAGUAUAUUUGUACAAUCACGUAAUUGUAAUUAUCAUCAUAAUUUUCAUCCAACUACAGUGUGUAAAAUUCCACCUGGUUGUUCAUUGAAAAUAUUCUCAAAUCAAGAAUUCGCUCAUCUACUCAGUCGUACAGUACAUCAUGGUUUUGAAGCUGUUUAUGAAUUAACUAAAAUGUGUACAAUACGUAUGAGUUUUGUAAAAGGUUGGGGUGCUGAAUAUCAUCGACAAGAUGUUACAUCUACUCCAUGUUGGGUUGAAAUCCAUUUGAAUGGUCCAUUACAAUGGCUCGAUCGUGUACUUACACAAAUGGGUACACCAAGAAAUCCGAUUUCAUCGGUUUCAUAAAUCUCAUAUUGUUAAACACUUCAUCGUCCUCCUAAUGGAUAUUGAUUCUGGGACAAAAAAUGAAUAACAUAUGAUGUAUACAUGUCUAGGAUUCCCAUCGAAAAAGAAUACAUUGUUCUUUUUUCUUAUUUUCUGCAUUAAGAUCAUAAAUAGCCUCACUCAUACUAUCAGUAUUAACAAAUCAUCAUUGCAAUCUAAAAUUCAUUUCAUAAGAUAGAGCUUCUUAUCAAUAUGAACCACACGAGAAGAACAUGAAAAUAGUGAGUAAAAUAACUGCGCCAUUCUCGUUUCUACUAUUUAUUUGUAUUUCUGCAUAUAUCUUCUUACUAUUUACAAUAGUUAUUGAUAUUUUGUGUUUUCGUACAGCGCCUCCUGAAAAUGCUAAUCACAUUGUUUUGUUUAUUGUUAAUCAUUGGGGUCUUUCUCUUUUCUUCAUCGUUCCGUUUGUCAUUAUUGUUUUCAUUGUUGUGUGAACAUUUCAAGUCUACUUUUUCAAUUAUUAUCUUGAUGUAGGUAGACGACAGUGUGAACUGUUUUGAAAUCACUGUAAUAUAAAACAUAACUGUCGCAUUUUUGUAUUAUUUUCACUCUCAUCGCUGGAGGUAUAUAUAUAUAUAUAUAUAUAUAUAUAUAUAUAUAUAUAUAUAUAUAUAUAUACGUGCCUUAACUUUUUUUAUUAACAUUAGACUGACUGCAUAUAUGCGUUCACGCGUAUAGUUGAUUCCCUUUUUUUUUAAAAAAAAACUUCAUAUGUAUAUAUUAACAUACAAGUAAAUCUUUUGUUCUUGGAAUGUGUCACAUAGUGCUUUGAAUUUCAUCAGUUUUUUCUCUGCAUUUAUUUAUCAUAUCAUUUUAAUAAUUAAGUACAGGAAGUAGUAAAUUUUAUCACGAUCCAGUUGUGCAAUUUUUAUCUAUAGUGUUGUCCUUUAUUCAGAGGAACUUUCUACUCGUAAUUGAUUUUAAUAUGAAAAUCUUGAUAAGUGACUAACUAAUUUAUUUACUAAUCUGUUCCCAGUGUCUAUAUCAUUUUUGUUUCAUUGUAUUGUAGGUAACAUUCGAUUUAAAAAUGAAUAAAAAUUAAUCGUCAGUAAAUAUCUACUACUUUUUCAUUCAAAGACUUGAUAAUACUUAAUAAUUAUAUAAUGAGCGCCCUUUUGUUUUAUUAAUCAGUCAAAUUGAUGUUCUAUUUUCUACAUUUAUCUCAUAAAAUCUUUUCCUUACUUUGUCCCUCUUAUAUUGUUUUCUUUUCCUAAUUAUGGCAGCUUCGUUAUGAAAGACAGGUAGAUUCAUUCUUAUUUGUCUGAAUUUGUCUGCACAUUUAAUUAUUGUAUUCGACGUUUUGUCGGUUUUCAUCUUACACUCCCUCUCCGCCUGUCAUGUAAAAUUUUUAUACAAAAUAGACGACCAUCUUUAUAAUUCGUUUUAUUUUACAAAAUAAUGUAUUAGUUGAC